UCAAUACGUGUACAUUGAGAUGCACUAUGAUAAUCCAAACAGACUAUCAGGUGUAGUUGAUAGUUCUGGUGUGACAUUCUAUUACAUUGAUACACCAAGGGAGCAUGACUCUGGUAUACUUGCAGUUGGACAUGCAGUGAACCAAUACAUGAUAAUACCUCCUAAAGCAAGGGAUUACACUAUUUAUAGCUUCUGUCCAACUGAUUGCACUACAUUAUUUCCUCAAGAUGGGAUCCAUGUUUUUGCUAAUUUGCUUCACACUCAUUUGCUUGGUGUAAGCAUUACUCUACAUCAUCUGAGAGCUAGCAAUCAGUGUAGAUCAGGAAGGGGCAUUGAAGAGCUUAAACCAAUUGAUAGCAACCCGGUAUAUGAUUUCAACUUCCAAGAGACAGUGCAUAUUAAUGAAGUUGUCAUUAGACCAGGUGAUGGAAUUAUGCUGACCUGCACAUACAAUAGUGAAAAUCGAAACACAGUAACAUUGGGAGGGGAGAGCACUUAUGAGGAAAUGUGUCUAUCAUUUCUGAACUAUUAUCCAAGGAUGGGAAUGACUGACUGUUAUAGUUUGUCAUAUCCACAAAGUUUUACACAAUUCUUAUCAAGACACUACAGUCAAAGUGAAAUUGCUUCAAUUUUCAGUAAUAGUCGAGAUAAUGGUCUAUCAAGGUCUGAAGUCGAUGAGAUAUUUAAUAAUAUCACUUGGACACACGAGGAAACUGAAGUCUUAGAGAACUCAGUCUCAACUGGCUCUCAAUUUUCUUUUUGCUAUGGACCUUCAGUCUAUGCAAAUAGAACACAAAAUGUGCCAUCUAUUGGUUGUCCUUAUGAAGCACCUCCUGUAAUGCUGGAGUGUCCUGACUCUGUUGAUCCUACCAGUGGUGCUGGUGGUGCUGUGUCAUUGAUUACUCUCUCAGUCACAGUGCUGCUCUUUGCUAUGAUUGCAAUGAUCCUCAUUUAAUUAACUCUUUCUCCUGCUCCUUUUUUGCUGCUUUAUUAUUGAACAGGGAUUGGAAUUUUUCUGCCCUUUUUAGUAUUCAUGCCCUUUUCAUUCAUUUGUGCCUCUUUUCAUCUGCUGCAUUUUUAAUAAUCAAUUAGUCUAUGCCAAUAAUAAUUUUAUGUAUGAUACUGAAAUCAUGGUGUUGUGUGAACAUAAA